AUGGUUGUGGAUGCCUUCGCACGGAAAUCUUGUUGGGCUCAAGAGCCUAAUGGUAGGCCAACCUUUGCCUUUGUCAGUUACCGGUUGACAGAGGAAAUGAGGAAGGCCAUUUUGCAAGCCAACCAUAAAGUGAUUGAUGGUCACCAAAUAAUCGUAAACAGGGCAAUCUCCGAGAAAACUGCAAAUCAAUCUAAAGUUGGCGAAGAAGAGAACGAGGGCAAGCUAAAGAAAACUUUCAAGGAGGCCUUGAUUCAAGGUUUAUCGUCUUUAUGCAGAUUGGGAAAUGUGGAGUUUGUGGUCUACCGGGGUGAUAAUGGGAACAUUGCUGCUUUUCACAAUGUCUGUAGACAUCAUGCCUCUCUUCUUGUGUCUGGAAGGGGGAAAAAGUCUUGUUUUACAUGCCGAAUUUGGACUUAUACCAGUAAAAGUUGCUACUUGGGGAGCAUUUGUGCUUCUCAAUAUGGAGAAGGAGAUUUUCGUAAGAAUGACAUUGAUACUAACAGCUUUGCUAGUGAAUGGCUUAGUAGUUGCUCAAAAAUAUUGAGCCUCAAUGGUGAUUCCCCACUAGCUUAUGUUUGUAGACAUGAAUACAUCAUUGCUUCACAAUACAGAAAAAGAGCAAAGGGAAAUGACAAACUUGUUAAUCAAAGAGUCAACUUGAUCAAAGCAGAUGAAUCAAAUGAUGUAAUUGCUAUGGUCAUUUCACAAGCAAAUAUGGUGACCAGUGUGAAGGAAUGGGUGAUAGACUCAAGUGCUACCAAGCAUAUUUGUGCAAACAGAAAUACCUUUACUUCCUAUACUCCAAUAGGGGAAGGAAAAGAGACAAUAUACCUUGAUGAUUCUCGAAUUGCUCAAGUUCUUGGUAAAGGGAAAGUCUUUAUCAAGCUCACAUUUGGCAAAACCCUAGCUUUAAAUGAUGUUCUUCAUGUUCCCAAUAUAAGGGCAAACUUGGUAUUUGUGGCCUUAUUAGGCAAGGAUGACAAUGCUUCCAUGGAGAGAAGUUUUGUGGAUAGCGAAAGAGUGCAGAUGGAAGACAUUGCACUUUGUGAAGGUGUUCAAAGGGGUAUCGAAUCACCCACAUAUUGCAGUGGAAGAUAUGCUCCAACUGUUGAGAAGGCCAUGCAUCAUUUCCAAUGUCUGCUUUAUGAUAAUCUCGUAGACUAA